GGGGGGGGGGGGGGGGGGGGGGGGGGGAGAAUGAAGGAGAGAGCGAGAGAGAGAGAGAAAGAGAGAAAGAGUCAGGGUUAGUGUAGAAAUUCCAUGAUAUGAAGCAUGGUUCGAUCCUGUUGCUUUGUCCUCCGCCUGGCUAGCUGGCUGGCUACAGUGAUCUGCUUACGUUAGCUUUGGACGUCUACGGGGCCCAUACAUGUGUCCACUUCUGCAACAACAACUUGAAUGGCAGGCUCGGUCUAAUUUAGUUGCGGUGGAUGUCGCCGUGUGUCAGGGGUUUGAUGAGUGAUGGAGUCGGGCUUGGGGGCCAGUGCUCUACUCACUGUCCAUGUGGUUGGGGUUUUGCUCUUCUUUUGUCGUGUGAAUCUCUUUGACCUGCGCAAUGAAAUGACCAUUGAUUGUUUAGACUAGAGGCGAUGCUCAUUUGGUUAGCUGCUUUGACUCUGUUGACGACGUUCUUGCCGCGUUGCGGUCACACUCAGCAGGCGCGCGUGUUUCGUGCUUACUUCUUUUUCGUAGUGAAGUUUCGGUCGUGGCAUCGAACUUGGAGAGGGACAAACACGUUUUGAAUUCUUGAUUGAAUUCAGUUAUCAUUCUACUUCUGCCGGAUCAUAACCUUACUGCCGAAUUCUCAAUCCUUCUCUCGAGCCGUUCCAAAUCAUCUUGCUUGGAAACUGUUUUGACAUCCAGCCUGAGACAAAACGAUUCUUCCUCUUCUCUGUGGACCCUCCUAAUUCAUUAACUGUAAUUGACGCGAACAGCCGUGGGACACCCACGUUCCGACACGAAUGAAAAUAUUUCUUGCUGCACGGGGUAGCUGUUGUCGUUAGCUAGCUCUAGAUCGCCCACAGUGCAGCAGACGUGCGCUGUGUACAUGUCCGCCUCUAUUCUGGUGGACCACCAAUGAAUUACUGGCCAUCUGAACCUAGAAGGUCAGACAGCAAUGGUUCCGGGAAACACUUGUGACACAUUCUCUGAGAUGGAACCUUUAGGAGGAGGAUGAAGAAGCUGAAGUCUUGUAGUCGAGCUGUGGGAAGCGUUGCGCAUGUCUGUAGUUGCCAUGUCAGCUCGCCGUGAAGAGUCUCAUUUUUAUCCGGAUGGGAGAUUGGGGCUAGAUUACGGAGAGAAAGUAGGGCAUUACAUGUCCGAGGGGUGCUUGCAGGUCAUUCUCCAACAUGUGGACUCGAGCACCGUCUGUUACAAGCGACUAUUUUGUUGCUCACAGCUUAGCAUUGAAUCGAGAGGGAGCGGGCGAAGCUAGACCCAGGUAUGCAAUUCAGUCAACUGGAAAUAUCUCGUUUCGUAUGCAGUCUCACAACAUUGCAGCCCUUCAUCGGGGACAGUGCAAUAUAUCAUCGGAAGCCCUAUGAUCUCAUUUCCGUAGGUACCGGAUUCCCAGUGCCGACCACUGGCUUCAAGUGCACGCAACAUGAUCAUCAAUCGUGGGUCAUGAAUUGUGCAUAGUACUCCCACACGCCAAUGAGUGAGGUGGCUGCACGGUUUGCGAGAUUUUCUACGGGUUGUAAGGUUUCAGGCCGAAGUGCGGGAGCUUGAAGACACGGAACCAUCAGCCCUAGAUCACAUCAUCUCUCGUACCCUCAUCAUACACCAUGAUCUUCCUGAAGUUGCUGACCGCUUCAAGGGAUUGCCGGAAACUGGAGGAUUUUCGAACGUUGACGCUACACCUUCCUACAUGUCUUCAUCAGAGAGUAUUAGUGUUUCAAAGGUUGGGCUGGUCUAUCCUGUGGAAACAUCUCGGAUGUCUGUUGGGUGUAUGAGGAAGGAGAGGAGCCAGCUUGAUGACAUGCAGUCCCCGAUUGUCAAUGCCCACAUACCUGCUUCUGAUCAGGAACUGGAGACGUUAUUCUGGUCGUUACCAUCGAAGAGAAGGAAAAUUGUGUACAACUACGCUGAUGGUUUGGGAGCACGAACUGCACUCUCAGAGUCUGAGCUGGCAGCAGAGGCCCUGACCCCCGAAGCUUGUCAAGGUUCCGACCUGACUGCUGAGCAGCACAUGGCAGAUCAAGAUAGUCCGAAGUCAAGCACACUGGAGGACAUUGACUGUGCAGCCCAUGUGUGUACUAGUCGAGGCACAACUGAAGUAGCGGCACCACAAUGUAGUUCUGGGGAAAAGCCGGUAGAGCAGGGAAACCUAGACCAGGUACCGGCCCGAUGGCAAGUGGAUGUGCAUUUUAGCUCAGAACAGAACGUUGCUGCUCGAGGUACUAAAUCUCCGGGAUGUGAUGAUACGCAUUCCGCUUCCCAAAUAUUGUUAUCAACAGGCCGCACUCGGAAGGAUUCUCAAGUUAACACACCAACCAGGAAUAUCCAACCUGAGUCGACAAUACUGCAGACUUCCCGCAAGCGAAAGACUAUGGCUAGUGGUUCUGGCGGAUGGUUGCAGUUGAGUCUAGGUAGAAGUAGGCAAUCUUAUCAGUCUCCAGAAGAUGAACCAGUUGGAGAGCAGCUGGAAAGUGAGCGGAGCCCCAUGCAAAUCCCUCCAAGCAGUUCCGCAGACCCGCCGCAACUCGGUAUUAGAGAUUUUUUCAAGUUAGGUGGUAGCUCAGAGGAUGAAGGGACAUCGAGACGGCAUCCGGCUGAUGUGCACGGGAGCACUGUCGUGAGAAAUACAUCUUCUCCGUACAGGGCUCAACCAGCUACAUCUACACAUUCCGGCGAAUCCUUCAGGCGUUACCCCGAUAUUAAUCCUGAAUCUGGUUUUAGAUCAGGGCUUUCCAGACCCUUGUUCUUGGAACCUAGGCCACGCAGCAGAGAUUCUAGCCUGGCCGUUCCUUAUUCGCUCGUCCCACGUGCGGUGCAACCAUCGCCUGCAAAUGUCGGCAAUUCCGAGCAUUUCUUAUCACCAUCGACUCCAAUUUUGCAGAGAGGUUAUCCCCCACCGGCGCUCACAAACUUAACCACAUUGCCAUAUCAUACUGCCCCAGUCUUGCAACAGGUCAGAUCCGAGCUAACUGAGUCCGCUCCCGCCAAUACUUGGAGAUCAUCAGGUCAUCAGCCAAGCGACUCUGGUGCUGGCUCCGGUUCCGGUCAAUAUUGUGAAGGAUUUCAAAAGAGGCUUUCAGCACCUCCUUCAUGGAUGCCGAGUCCACAGGAUCCUCCGCGAACACCUCCCAAUAAUGUCGAACUGCUGAAUACGACGAAUCAAACUUUGUUCAGAGAUUGGUCGGGAUCUUUACCUGGUAGUAGUGGGGGCGCCUCGACUUCUCUCUUGUCUGUGCAACCACCUCUUACACAAAAUGUCUAUCCUGAAGCGGCGUGGCAUAACCUUCUGCAGCGAGUGGGCGGUAAGAAUUUAAAUAUGCCCAGUGGCUUUGGGACAUCUCCUUCGAGCCUGAGGCCAGGUGCAGAGUCCAUGAUGCCUGGUGCGGAUCGUGAGGAGUAUCUGGAGGCUCUAAAACGAGCCGUUGAAAGGUUCCAAGGCACAGAUCAGGGAUCCAAGGAUGAUCCUCUUACAGAACUCCAACGCAUGCAUCGAAACGCUAUGUAUCCUCCCGCACAACUUCAAGCUGGUCCUGCUUUAGAUCCAAGUACAGACACUAGCCUGGCGAAGUUCUUCGGUACACCAUCUAGUAGUGGAAGCAAGGGACGGGCACCACCACCAGUAUCUUCUUCAGAGAAGCAGAAAAGAGUCCUUCGCCCCCAUGCUCCCAGACCGGGGUUGUGGUUCACUCUCCAAGCAUCAAAUUCCCAGCCAGAAGCUUCUCCGUUGCAGCAGAUUCCUGCAGGAUACGUACGAGUUGUGGAUGACAGUAUGACAGUAGCAGCGGUGAAGAAAUACCUGGUGAAUAAGCUGGGUUUAGAUAACGAGGAUGAGGUGGAGCUCACGUGUAAUGGGCAGCCUUUAGUACCGAGUAUACCUCUGCAACAAGUGCGGGAUGGCAUUUGGCAAGCCCCAAUCACGAAGGUCGCUAAUCCAUGUACGUCUAGAUUGUUGUCUGAAGGCAGGGCUUGGAAGGCUCCUGAUGGAUCUGUUGCUCAUGUCGGAGAUGUGGUCAUGGUGAUUACUUACGGUCGGCGACCUGAAAGACCCCCUACUUCGACUUCACAGGACGUACCUGCGAAACCUUCAUGAAUGCGGACACAGUAACUGGUGAGAGAAGAUGCAUGACUCCCGGCCAAGAUUUUGACUCGAGUCAUUCAGCUCCUUUGAACAAGUUAUUACUUGCAUUUGGUCAUUCGUAGAUGAUGAAGCUCCGCGACACAUGGAUCGAUCGCUUGUUCUCAGGUGCACAAUUGAGGUGACCAAGACAAUCCAAUCCAGGUGCUAUUCACGCAUGGCUAAAACCAACUUCGUGCACCACUGCAGGAGGUAUAUAUGAUGAUGUCGGAGGCCCUGUGGUUCAUUAACUGCAGUACAAUGCCCAUCCCAUGGAGAACGGAUGGGUUCAUGCGUUCUAAACCUUCAGGACCCUUGCAGAGUUUGGAAUUUCUGGAGCAUCCGACAUGCGGACUCCGAGGGCCAUGCUUGCAUCUGAGACAAUCACGGUUCACUCUGUACGUCCUAGCUCAUCCAGCAAAUCUAGUCAUGGUUGGGUACUCCUUGCAGGCAGCGUUACUUUACCAGGCUAUGAUGAAAGAGGGCUUUUAGUCUGCUUGACCCAGUUGGCCAAGGGGUGUUUCUCAAUCACAAGCUUCACAAAAGUCUUUGGCCUCUUAAUGCAAUCAACACCAUUUUUAAUCCUACACCUAUUGGAGCAAGUAUCAUUGAAGCUCCCAGGUUAGAUCAACUGACAAAAUGCAUUGUUACUUCCCUGAAUUUUUCGAGACGGUGGCUAUAGUCGUUCUGAUCGCUGUGCUCCUACACAGCAUCUUGUGAAGGCUCAGAUCUCGCAUUUAAGUUAGAUCAGGGUUUUCUUUUUAAGUAUCAGACCAAAAGGCUGGUUCAGGUGUUAGUGAAGCAUCUGCCGUGAGCUGGUGGACCUAUACCGCAGUGCAGUAAUUUUGGACUUCAAGGUAGAGCAGAACAAUACAUGGCCCUUGAGAGACUAUGACGCACCUUAUGCUGUCCCACCAUGUUAAUUUUUCGCAAUGCAACCUCAUGCAUUACCUGCAUUUUUAUGAA